AUGAUACGCAUUACAGAAACCUUAGCAAUAAAGGAGCUCAUUCUUAACAUGGGUAAGCAACAAGAAGCACAGGAAUGUGUGAAAAGAGGUUUGAAGGCUGAUUUGAAAUCUUAUGUUUGCUGGCAUGUAUACGGGCUUGUUCAAAGGUCAGACAAAAACUACGACGAGGCAUACAAGCGAGCUUUAAUUCUUGACAAAGACAACAUGCAGAUUUUGAGAGAUCUCUCAUUACUCCAGAUACAAAUGAGGGGCUGUGAAGGGCGCAAAGAAUCUCGUCAUCAUUUGCUGCGACUUCGGCCAACGCAGAAAGUGUCUUGUCGGUAUACGGCUGAUAACAACCUGAGAUAUACCAAGAAGCCUUCUUCCUACGACUUCGAGUACUCGGAACUUGUCCUCUAUCAGAACUGA